GCCUGGUAACUGACGAACUGAAAGCUACAUGGCGAAGGACCCUCCACAUUCUACGAACAGGAGCACAUAACACGAAGGCCCCUCUUGGUAUGAAAAUCAGUUUGACAUGAAAGUAAGCAGAAGCUGAUCCUGACUCCUCCUCUACUUUUCAUGAGCACAUGGCACUCCAUGCCUUCUUGCCUUGGAAAGAGUGCAUGUGAGGCAUGAACGGCCCAGCACGCAUGCCUUCCUGCAGCCAAGCGUCUCCUCUAGAGUAAGAAAGACAGAACUUGCCUCCUUGCCUUGGAAAGACUUUGUGUGUGAUGUGCUGGCCCAGCUUGUUCACCUGCCUGCAGCCGUGCAACUCUCCUCUAGAGUAGAAACAGAUGGCUGCACCCACAAAUUGUACUCUGUUGAUCCAGGAGCACCGGGAGCGACUUCUGCGCUGGACUGAACCCAACCCAGCUCCUUUGCUCCGUCGGCUCCGAGACUGUGAGCUCCUCACCCAGCCAGAGUAUUUCGCCUUGCUGGAGACAUACCCCAAGUCCAACCAAGUCAUUGCACUGCUGGAGAGGGUCAGCAGGAAGCCUGAGGAGAGCCAGAAAUUCCUGGAGGAGCUGAAGGAACUCAGUGAGGCCUAUUGUACUGAGCUGCAAGACUGGCUGCAAACUUAUUACCCUGUGGAUCAAAACAGAGAAACCUCUCCAGUCCAGUCAGAUCCUCCUCAAAAACCUAUCAGAUUUUUCUCAAAAUUAUGGAAGACAAGGAAGACAUACAAGGUUCAGAACACACCUGCAGAUAAGAAGCAGAGCAAAGACUUGCCUUUCCGAAGAGGUUUGAGUGUACAACUUAAAGCUGCCCUGCAGAACCACCGUCGCUCACUACUGACCCGUACAGAGAAGCUUUGCACCAAUGUGGAUGACACUGAAUCCUGUGGACACAUUGAGAUUCGCUACACUGACCUCUUGCUGUCUGACAGCCCUCGUUCUGGCUCUGCCAGUCAUGACUACUUGCAUCUGGCCUCUCGCCGAGCACGCCUCUACUCCCUCCAUGCCCCCCGCCGUUUGGGCCUAUCCCAACUUGUCUCCCCACUCCCUGGUGAGACUUCCCCACCUCUCCGUGUGAUGCUGAGUGGGGCUGCUGGCAUUGGUAAGAGUGUAGCAGCCCAGAAGAUCCUCCAUGACUGGGCCCUGGGGGUAUCCUUCCGAGAUUUCCUUUGCGUGCUGGACUUUUCCUUCCGAGAACUCAGUCUCAUUACGACACCCAAGAGUCUUGAAGAGCUGAUCCGCAAGAAACAUGUCCAUCUGAGUGAAGUUCUCCCUGAUCUACUGGCUCGAUCUGGGAAGAUCUUGGUGAUCUUAGAUGGUCUUGAUGAGUUCAGGCCUUCAUUGGACACCCAGAAUCCGUGCCACCAAUCUGACCAGCCUGCUGACAUUAAGGAUUUGGUCCAUGGGCUCCUUUAUGGGAAAUUACUUCCCGAGUCGACCAUUGUGGUCACAUCUAGACCUUCUGCUAGCCUUCCAGAAGAUCUCUUUGAUCGUCAUAUUGUCAUCCUUGGCUUCCAGGAAGAACAUGUCCAGGAAUACUUCUUCCGCUUCUUCCGGGAUCACAAGCGUGCCACAGCUGUGCUCAGCUACAUUUCUCUCCAUGAUGGCUUAGCCAGCCUCUGCUUCAUUCCCCUCUAUUGCUUUAUUCUCUGCACAGCUCUGGGGGAGUUCUUCCCCUGUGUGGGAGCCAUGGAAGCCUCUCCACCCAGCACCAUCACUGAUGUCUACCGUCAGUAUCUGUGUACCAUCCUUCGCUUGCGCAAGCAUCCUUCAGGAAGACCAAAUUGUACUCUGGGAGGGGUGAAAGAUCUAUUACUGAAGCUUGGCAAGUUAGCCUAUGCUGCUACAUUGAGAAAACGGACAGUAUUCUACACCGAUGAGUUGCAGGUUUUUGGGUUUGAUCUGGAGAGCCUGCCUGGUAGCUUCUUGAACCGGAUCUUCUUCAAGGAGAAUGAUCAGGUCUAUGGCUUCUUUCACUUGACCAUACAAGAGUUCUUAGCUGCAUUGUAUUCCGUGGUAACUUUAGACCCCAGUGCUGAGGAGUUAACAUCUUGUCUGGAUCUCUGGUGGGAUGGCAGUGCUCUAGAAAAUGGUGAAACAGAGAAACAUCUGUCUUCACCAAAUGGAUUAUCAGAGGGACUUCUCAGCUACACCAGGGAGUUCCUGAGUGGACCCCAACAGUGGGACAACUUGCAAAUGUUCUCCAGGUUCUUCAUGGGACUCUUGACCUCCAGGAUGGAGGGCAAGCUGGAUGGGUUGACUGAACGCCUGACAGGUGAUCCCCUAAUGCCUUUGGCCGACUGGUUAGGAAGCAAGGUUCAAUAUGAAUCUGACCGGAAGCUGCUUUCCUUGCUACAUUGCCUGGCAGAGCUGCGGCAGGAUGGAGUGACCCGGAGAGCAGCUUCCAAGUUGGAUGAAGUGGAUCUGUUCAAGGUAACCUUGAACCCAGUGGACUGUGCAGCUUUGGCCUAUGUUCUUGGAUGCUCAGAGGUGAAGGUGCUCCGGAAUCUCAACUUAAGCUACAGCAACAUGGGUAUCAGGGGUCUGAGGCGACUGCAAGGACAUCUCCAUCGAUGUGAAACUCUGCAAAUACGCUAUAAUUCCCUGGACCAGGAGGCAGCGGCAAUAGAAGCUGCAAUACUGAGGUCCCCAGAGUGUCGAGUAAAACGGCUACUGUUUUGUGGGAACUGCCUGGGCUCAGAGGGAGUGAGAAGCUUAUGGGAUGCUCUCCAGCAUAACACUACCCUUGAAGAGCUCUACCUGGAUAUCACAGGCAUCACGGACAGUGGCUUGGAUAAUAUCCUGGAUUCGCUGAUGGGCAACAAUACUCUCCGCCUUCUGACGAUUGUGGGGAACCGGCUGAGCAAAGCUGGGAGGAAAGUGCUCUCGGAGCUGAGUGGUAGAAAACCAGAGCUGAAGAUCAUAAGCAGUUUCCUCUCGGACAUGGGGCUGUUGCAGGCAUAUUUGGACUGGGUAGAAGAAAUCAAAGCCGACGGGGAACAGAUGGAGUCUGUCAAGAACGCAGAUGCCCUGCGUUCAGUCCUGGAGGUUUUGGUGGAGACGGACGACCCGGGAGCAAGUGAGGAAGCCCGGGGGAAAGCCGAGCACCUGAAGGAAGAGAUCUCUGUUCUCCUUCGGAGGGAGAACACAACAGAAAAUGGGGUGGCAUCAUAAAUCAAUUUGUUCAAUCCGAUGUAUGAACUCCUGGGAAACCAAAAGGGUACCCACUAUAGUUGGAUCUACACUGCCAAAUAAUGCAGCUUGAACGGCAUUAUAUGGUCAGCGUCUACCCAUAUAGUGCAGUUUGAAAUGCAUUGAACUGCAU